AUGACAAAGCAGUGGCUAGAAGGGCAAGAGGAGUGCGAGUUUUUAAGAAUAACCAAUCAGAAGUUACAAGCCACGAGUGAAAGUCUAGUCAAGGAGCGCAAUUUUCUUGAGAAAUCGAACAGAGAGCUAAGGAAACAAAAUGUGGACUUAAAGGAGCUUUGCACAGUUUUGGAAGCCGAGUUAAAGGAAUGGCAGAAGGUGUUUUCUGAUGCAUUUAAGGAAGUUGAAGCCUUGGAAGCAAAGUUUUCGUCCAUCAUCGAAGGAAUUACCUUAAAGCAAAAGAUUCACUUAGGGACAACAAUUGAAGUUGAGAACCAGCAAAGAAAGGCUUCGGAAACUGAUCUUGAAAAGGAAAGAAAAGCUUCAGAAGAUGCGCUUGAAACCAAUUGCUACAAAACCCGACUUGAAGCAGCUCUUGAAGAAGUCCAAGGUAAAGUGAAGAUGUAUGAGAUAAAACUUGAAAUCCUCCAAAUAGAAUCUGAAGCAAAAGUGCUAAGGCUCGUACGCGAGCUUGCUGCUUCAAAGCAAAACCAGGAAAUUGUGAUAGCUGAUUACGAAAAGAUACAAAAGAUGCUAGAAGAUGCAAAAGCCAAUGAAGAGAAACUUGAUAACAUUCUCAUAAGGCUUGAGUUAAAGCUUAAAGCUUCCGAGUAUGAGAGACAGAAGUUAGCAGAAGAAGUAUCUCGCCUCAAGAUUCGACUGCAAAAUACAGAAGUUCUCCAGGACGAAGUUUUCGCUCUUAGAAAAGCACUCUGCGUGGAGAAGACUGAAAAACAAAGACUAGAAGCUUCAUUCCAUAUAGUAUCUGGAGACUACGAAGAACUAAAAACGAAGAGAGUCUCAUAUGCUGAGAGAAUCUCCAACAUGGAAAAGGCCAUGUCCGAAUUAGGCGACUGCAAACACAGCAAAGCCGUCCUUGAGGAAAAGAUUAUGCAGCUUGAAUGGGAUCUAGUGGCAAGAGAAGCGCUGCGCUCGCAGAUUGUUGUACUGAAGAAUGAACUUGGCCAGAUUAGGACCGCGAAUAACGAACUUCAGAGGAGAAUAAGGCAUCUCAAGAGGGAGAAAUCGGAAAGCUCGAGAAAGGUUCAAGCACUGGAAGAGGAGUUGAGAGAGAAGAUAAAAGCGAACCUUGAUAGCAAUGAAGAAACCAAGAGUUCAACAAGUCUUCUUCAUGAUCCUGCACCAGAAACGGUGAUGGAAGAUGAGAAAGAUGAUCAGGCAAAGCAAAACGAGCUAGAAACAUUUCAAUGCUCAUAUAAGGGUCUAGGCCUAAUCAUUUCAUCCGGCGACGAGAUUGAGCUCGAUUGGUGGACCCAAGCCACGCUCGGAGAACUCGCGUGGGUCGUGAUUUAG